AAAUUGUAAUUCUCAGUGUUAAUCUUAACUAUUUGGGGAGAUCUUUAAUUUUCUACAAUUUCAACUUUUCAAAUUAUUAGAUUCAUGAUGAAAAUUCUAGUUCACAUGCAUAAAUUGAGCUGAUGGAGAAAUCCCUAAAUUCAACCUAAGUUUCAUCCAUGGCAUUUAUGUAAAAUAAAUGAAGUAAAUUUUGUUUGAAAAAGAAGGUAGAAGAAAUUAAAGUGAAGACUUUGAACUUUUAAAGGGAACUUCAAUGAUGUUAAUUCACAAGGAAAAUAAAGUAAGACGAGUAUGGAAUCGAAGAAGAAUGAUUUCACAGCCAACUGACAAAUACUGGGAUUUUCGGGGAAGCGAAAAAAAUUAUAUGAAGUAUGGAGCAUGGGUAGUUGAAGAAAGCAUCUCUCUGUUCAUGGUAAGGCAAAUCCUAUUCGCCAUUUCUCGGUUGAUGAUCUUAACAAGAUGAAUGUAGAAAACAUCCUUAUUAUCGAGAGGGUUUCCGUGACUUGUAUCAUGGUUUUUGGGAGGGAAUAGUUUUAUUGGUAAAGAAGCCUGAUGUAGCUGACAAUAGGAAAGAGUACUUUUUGCGGGAAAUAGUGGUUGCCAUACAGAUGGUUACUCAUAAUAAUGCCCACAAAAUAUUAGGAUGUUGUCUUGAGACUGAAUGUCCUGUUCUUGUUUAUGAAUGGAUGUCACAUGAACUCUUGAGGGUUGUAUACUUGUCGGAGAUGAGAAUGGCCAAAACAAACAAGUAUUAGAGUGGAAGGACAGGCUAAGGAUUGUGUGGGAAAUAUCUCAUGUGGUUGCUUAUCUUCACACUGCUUUUCCAAGGCCCAUCAUCUACGGGCACUUGACACCUAUGAAUGUAUUCUUGGACCAGGAUAACAUUGGCAGAUUGUCCGACUUCAGUCUUUCUAUAUCGAUAUCAGAGGGGGUGAAGAAUUUGUUGAAAUAGAUCGGAUACCAGGGAGUAUUGACUAUAUGGCACCUGAAUACCACCAUGGCAAAGUAGCAGAGAGUGCAGCUGUGUAUUCAUUUGGUAUGCUUUUUCUCAUGCUCUUGACAGGAAAGAAGCCAUAUGAUUAUUACACUGAUGUGAUUCAGGAGAGACAUAUGAUGGAGUGGCUGAGUUACGUACUUGGGUGCAGAAUGUUGUAAAAAACAAGCUCAUCGGCAACAUUGUAGAUCCUGCAAUUACUAGAACCAUAGUAACAACCAUUGAAGACCUCCAGCUGAGAGCAUCUAUAGAGCUCGCAAUCAGGUGCAUCACAGUAGAAGGAAGCCACGAAGCCACAGACCAACAGUGGUGGGGGUUGCAACUAAGCUCAACAACAUGAUUACGUCGACUAAGGAAGAGUGCAUAUACAGAAAUUUCCAAGGAAGCAAAGAAAAUUUUAUAAAUAAUGAAGCUACUGUACUUGAAGAAAGCAUUUCCCUUUUAUUGUGAUAGAAUGAAUCCUAUCGAUUACUUGUAAAGUUGAUGAGCUCAACAACAUGAAUGUGGAGUUAUGGCAUAAAUGUUGUGAUUUGUACCAAGGUUCUUGGGAGGGGAGAGCUAUUCUGGUAAAGCUACCAGAAAGCGUACUCAAGGGUCCCGCGUCUUCUAAUGAAAUCCGAUUAAAGGUUUCGCGUGAAAUUGUGGUACACAGAUGGCUUCUCAUGAUAAUGUCCAUAAACUACUAGGAUGUUGCCUUGAGACUACAUUUCCGGUUCUUGUUUAUGAGUGGAUGGCAGCUAAAACUCUUGAAGAUCGUAUAUUACUCAAAGAUGAGAACCAUAACAAGCUACCUCUAUUAGAGUGGAAGGACAAGCUAAGGAUAGCAGGGGAAAUAUCUCAUGUUAUAUCCGAUUGUCACACAGCUUAUCAUAGGCCUAUCAUCCUUAGGAACUUUGAACUGGAUAGUGUUUUCCUAGACCAAGACAACACUGCAAAAUUAUCCAACUUCAGUCGUGUUUCUAUUCCUAUCGAUGGGGAAUUAUUGGUAGCAGAUUUUGGAAAAGAGACCAGGUAUUCAAAAUGGGUGGCACCUGAAUAUCAACAUCCUGGAAGAGUGGCAGAAAGUAUAGAUGUUUACUCAUUUGGCGUGCUUUGGCUUGUGCUCUUGUUUGGAAAGAAUGCUAUAUUGCUAGAUACCCAUAUGAAUUUAUGUAUAUGGUCAUUGCAAUGCUUCAAAGAUAACCGCAUUAGCGAGAUUCUAGGUCCUGCAAUUACUAGAAAAGGGGUGUCAGGAAUUGAAGACCAGCAGCUGAGUGCAUUUAUACAGCUCACAUUCAUGUGUAUGGCAAGAGAAGUUUACAGUAGACCAACUAUGGUGGAGGUUGCAACUAAGCUCAAGAAUAUGAUUUGAUCCUCUGUAUCUAUCCCUGCUACCAGUCUUUUACAGAGAGAGGACAUAUACCAGAUUUUCAGACGAAGCAGAGAAGACAUUUUAAGGAACGAAUCUAUGGUACUUGCAGAAAGCACUUCCUUGUUUCAUGGCAGAGUAGACCCUAUACGUUACUUCUCAGUUGAUGAACUUAACAACAUGAAUGUCGAGUUCUAUAUUAGUGAGGAGUUGUCCAUAAACAAUCUUGAUACGUGGGAUACAUGGUCAUGGCUAAAACAUUUUUCAUGGUACCGAGGUUUUUGGGAAGGAAGAGCUGUUUUUGUAAGACUAUCAAGUGGUAUAUUUAAGGAUCCAACAUCUGCUAAUAAGUUCUUAAAGAUGCUAUCGCAUGAAAUUGUGGUUGCUACACAGAUGGCUGCUCAUAAUAAUGUCCAUAAACAGACUACUAGGAUGUUGCCUUGAGACUAAAUUUCCCGUUCUUAUUUAUGAGUGGAUGGCAGCUGAAACUCUUGAAGAUUGUAUAUUACUCAGAGAUGAGAACCAAAAUAAGCUCCCUCUAUUAGAAUGGAAGGACAAGCUAAGGAUCGCUGUGGGGGUGAGGCUGCAGCGGUGGGGGCUACAGGGUGGAGUGGCUAGGUGGUAGUAGUUAUGGAGGAAAAGAAGCAGAGGAGAGAGAGAAGAGAAAACCUAUAUUUUUCAGGUUACCAACAGGUAAGGGUUCAUUUUCAGUAAAUACAUCUCAAAGGUGGGAUCAUUCCCAAAUUUAUGAAAGGUGGAACUGUUUUGGGAGGAUCGCUCAAAGGUGGGAUUAUUCCCAUCAAAAAAUCUUACUUAAAAUGACAAAAAGUGUCCUUGUGUUCUCAACACGUUUUCGAUUAACUCAUUUAAUUUCUUAUAUAAAACCCACCAUAUUCAAAGGCGGAUAAAUCCUUUUUGCUCAACUCAUCUAGUUAUACCUUGUGACAGCUUGUGUACCUAACAUCCUCUUCUAGUCCUCCUUAAUAAUCCCUCCGGUCUUUAUUAGUUUACCCGUUUCUUUUGCACAGAAUUUUAGGAGAAAUGAUAUCGUGGGACAUAGAAAGAAAGAGAAAAGUUUAAUUUAUAUUAAAGUUGAAUGUUUGUGUCAUGGAAAGUUAGUGGUUUCAUUCCAAAAAUAGAAACAAAAGAAAUGGGUAAACUAGUAAGAGACAUCCAAAAAAGAAAUACGGGUAAACUAAUAAAGACCGGAGGUAGUAUUUCUUAACUUUCUCCAUAUUUCACUUUAAAAAAAAAUAGAGGAAGAAAUAGAUAUUCAUACUACAUAAUUGAUAAUCCUCACAAUUUGCACUGGUUAUUAACUAUUUCAUCUGAUUUUUUAGUUGAUCUAUUUCCUUUGGACAUUCUUAUCGAGGUACUAUUUUGAACCUUUAUAUCUUUAAUUAUCAAUAAGCAAAAAUUAUAAAAAGUUAAUAUUUGGAAAAUAUACAUUGAGACAAAUUUAAUAAGAUCUUACAUGAUUAUAAAUUUUUUUCUUAAGUACAAAUCAUAAAAGAUAAUCAAAGUACUUUAUAUAAAUAAUUUCAAACGUCAAAACGGAUCAUCUAAUAAGAAUUGAGGAAGUAGUUUAAUUGAUGUGAUGGGUAUGGUGGACCUAUGAGUGUAAAAUAGAACAAUUGUUCCUCUUUAUUUGGAAAUUUGGACAAGGACCUGUGAUUGCGCGUCAAUUAAUUGACUCCUCAGUCAAGUUUACCGUGUCUGCGCACUUUUCAUCCCCACAUAAGACUUAUUGUCAUUAAGAGUAUGUCAUUAAGGUGCUUGAGUUAUCAUCAGAUAAAAGAAAAGGCGAAGACUCUCAACUUCAAAGGGAAUUUCAAACAUGGUAGGAACUCGCUUGAAAAAGAAAGUAAGACAAGUAUGGAAACGAAGCAGACUCAAUUUACAGCGAUGGAAUGAAUACUUAAUUUUUCGUGGAAGUGAAAAAAAUUAUAUAAGGAAUGGAGCAUGGGUACUUGAAGAAAGCAUAAAGUUGUUUCAUGGUAAGGCCAAUCCUAUUCGCCAUUUCUCAGUUGACAAUCUCAACAACAUGAAUGUGGAACGAAAACAGUAUUUGCCAUAUGAUUUUCACUACUUGUAUCCGUUGCAUCCGUUUCGCCGUGGUCUUUGGCAGGGAAUAGUUGUAUCGGUAAAGAUAGCUUAUUCAUUUCGAAAAAAAUUAUUGCAUGAAUUAGUGGUUGCUACACAAAUGAUUACUCAUAAUAAUGCCCACAAAAUAUUAGGAUGUUGUCUUGAGACUAAAUAUCCCGUUCUUGUUUAUGAAUGGGUGGGACCUUGUGAAAUUCUUGAUGCUCGUAUACUAUUGGAGUGGAAGGACAGGCUAAGGAUUGCAUGGGAAAUUUCUCAUGCGGUUGCCUAUCUUCACACCGCUUUUGCAAGGCCUAUCCUCCACUUGGACUUGAGCCCUCAAAAUGUGUUGUUGGACCUGGACAACACUGCCAGAUUGUCCGGCUUUAGUCAUUCUGAAUCAAUACCCGAGGGUGAAGAAUCUGUGAUAACAGAGUUAGGGAUAUCUGGCCAUGUGGCUCCUGAAUUUGGUGAGCCUGAAUUCAGAUAUUUCGAUCACAAAGUAGCAGAGAGUACGGAUGUGUAUGCAUUUGGCAUGCUUUUUACCACGCUCUUGAUAGGAUAUGCUAUUGGUAUUGGUUAUAAAAUGAGAACGACUGUGUCAGUUAAAAAGCAGUUGGAAUGUGCCAUAAAAAACAAGCUCAUCAGCAACAUUGUAGAUCCUGUAUCAACCAUUGAGGACCUCCAGCUAAGAGCAUCUAUAGAGCUCGUAAACAGGUGCAUCACAGUACAACACUGCAGGCCAACAAUGGUGGAGGUUGCAACUGAGCUCAAGAACAUGAUUAGAUUGACUGAGGGAGAUUGCAUAUACAGGAAUUUCCAGGGAAGCAAAGAAAAUUUUGUAACUAAUGAAGCCAUCGUACAUAAAGAAAGCAUUUCCCUUUUUGGUGAUAGAGUAAACCCUGUCCGCUACUUCUCAGUUAAUGAGCUCAACAAUAUGAAUGUGGAGAUACAUCACUGUCAUAGCUUGCACCAUGGUUCUUGGGAAGGGAGAGCUAUAUUGGUGAAACUACCGGAAAACAUACAUUGGAAUUAUUUCACAUCUUCUAAUGAGAUCCGAUCAAGGCUUUCACGUGAGAUUGUGAUUGCUGCACAGAUGGGUUUCCACAAUAAUGUCCCUAAACUACUAGGAUGUUGCCUUGAGACUAAAGUUCCAGUUAUUGUUUACGAAUGGAUGCAAAAUCUUGAAGAUCGUAUAUUACACAGAGAUGAGAACAAACACAAGCUACCUCUAUUGGAGUGGAAGGACAGGCUAAGGAUUGCGUGGGAAAUAUCUCAUUGUAUUUCUUGUCUUCACACAGCUUUUCAUAGGCCUAUCAUAUUUAACUGGGAACAUCAUGAUGUUUUCUUGGACCAAGACAACACUCCUAAAUUGUCUUUUAGUGUUUCCAUUACAGAGGAUGAAGAAAUUGGCAGAAUGGAAAGUCACGAGGUUGUGAAGUCAUUUGGCUUGCUUGUUCUUGUUCUCUUGACCGGGAAAACUUCUGAAUUUUCAUCUAGUGGCGAUGGAGAAAGUACAAAUUUGACUGAUCUGAUUAAUUGGGUAACCAAAGAAACCACAAAGGACCACAUUAAUGAGAUUUUAGAUCCUGCAAUGACUAGAAUAGGAGUGACAAAAAUUGAAGACCACCAGAUGAGUGCAUCUCUAGAGCUUGCACUCCUGUGCACCGCAGAAGUUUACCUGAGACCACCAAUGCAAGAGAUUGCAGCUAAGCUCAAGAACAUGAUCGAAUACCCUGAAUCGAUCCUUACCACCAGCAUUUUUGAGGGAACAAGAAUAUACAAGAUUUUCCGAGGAAGCGAAGAAAAUUUAAAAAAAAACGAAACCAUUGUACUUGAAGAAAGCAUUUCCUUUCUUGUCGGAGUGGAUGACGUCCGCUACUUCUCAAUUGAUGAGCUUAACAAUAUGAAUGUGGAGCAAUCAUCUGACAAGAUGGUGUCGGAUUUGAAUAACAUAGGUGAGGUAGUUUGUAACUGGAAUUGGUACCAAGGCUCUUGGGAAGGGAGAGCUGUUUUGGUAAAGCUAUCAGAUGGUGUAAUACAUCGGAAUGGAAAAUCUGCUAAUGAGAUCAUUGUGAGCCUUUCUCGUGAAAUAGUGAUAGCUACACACAUGGGUACUCAUGAGAAUGUCCAUAAAUUACUAGGAUGUUGCCUUGAGACUGAAUUUCCAGUUCUUGUUUAUGAGUGGAUAGAAACUUGUCUCGAAGAUCGCAUAGUACUCAAAGAUGAUGAGAACCAAAAAAAACUACCUGUAUUAGAGUUGAAAGACAGGCUAAGGAUUGCAUGGGAAAUAUCUCAACUUCUUUCCUAUUUUCACACAGCUUUUCAUAGGCCUGUCGUCUACAAGCUACAUAAAUUCCAUAUGCCUGCAGUUUUCUUGGACCAGGACAACACUGCCAAGUUGUCUGACUUCCAUAAUUGUUAUCCCAUUUCAGUGGGUGAGGAAACUAGUCUAAUGGCAGCAAGUGUGUUCUUCUUUGGCCAUUUACUUAUUUCUCUCUUGACUGCAAAGUCAACGUCUUGGAUUUAUAACAAUAUUACGUGGAAAGGCUCCAAAGAGGACCGUAUUAGUAAGAAUGUAGAUCCUGUACUCAGUGAAAAUGGAGUGGCAACCACUAAACUGAAUGCAGCUAUAAAGCUUGCAGUUAGGUGUAUAGAAGAAAAAACACACAGAAGGCCAACCAUGGUGGAUGUCGCAGCCAAGCUCUACAACAUGAUCAAAUCCUCUAAAUCAACAACCAGCAGUAUCGUGUAAAGACUAAACUCCCAUGUCAAAUUUGCCCAAUUCUACUCCAGAGUUGUCUUACAUUUAUUUGAUCGAUUGCAUUUAUAGUUUAUGUUUCCCUUGUCGGUUACCUUAAUGUGCAGCAAGACUAUAAAAGGCAUUAAUAAUGCUUACAAUAUUACUCUUUUUCAUUGUA